UUUGGACCUUUGGCUCUGUCUUUCCGAGUUCAGACCGUGUGCCCUUCUUCCCUCAAGGAAAAAAAGAAAAAGAAAAAAGACCGCCUUGACCGUGCCCUAGCUCUACCGCCGGCCGGCCCUUCACCGCCGACCGCCGACGUCCCAAUCCCGCGCGAGUUGGCUUCAGCCAGCGGCUAAGUUAAUCCCACCAGCGUGCCGCACGCCCUGUAGAUCCGCCCCUGAGUAUUAGGUUAGGUUUGGUGGCGGCCUGGUCGCCAUGGGGCGGAGCUCGGGGGGAGAGGGAGGAGGAGGAGAGGGGCAAGGGGAGGUGGAUGGAGGCGGAAUCUCAGACUGCUCGCCGGGGACCAUCGUCUGGGUGCGGCGGCGGAACGGGUCCUGGUGGCCCGGGAGGAUAGUCGGGCAGGAGGAGCUCGCGGCGUCGCAGGUGGUGACGCCCAGGACGGGGACUCCGGUCAAGCUACUCGGCCGCGAGGAUGCUAGCAUUGACUGGUAUAACCUGGAGAAAUCAAAACGUGUCAAGGAAUUUAGAUGUGGAGAGUUUGAUGCUUGUAUUGAGAAGGCAAUGGCUUUUCAAGGAACUCCUGUAAAGAGAAGAGAAAAAUAUGCUCGUAGAGAAGAUGCUAUUCUUCAUGCUCUUGAAUUGGAAAGAAAGCAGCUUGCAUUGAAGUACCAGAACCAAGGUUUCAGGGCAGAUGACAGCUGCAGUACCCUCCUUGCUGACACAGGGAGGGAGUUUGACGACUUCCCUUCAGAAUAUUACUCAAGAAACAACGUCCAGGAACCUCAGUUGCAUUUGCAAAGCUCAGCAUCUCAGCAACGCGUAGAUCUCAGCACUACUCGUUAUAAAAGCAAAAAGAGUAAAAAACAGAAAGGGGACAACUCUGUUCUCCUUGGUAAAACAAAAGAGUGUGAAGAAAAGUUUAUUCAUGCUGGUUCAAAAAGAAACUUGUCAGGAUCUCUUGCUCUGGAAGCUUCAGGGAACACUCUCAGUAAUUACGUCAAUGGCUUUUCCAGUUCAGGACAUACGCAAGAAGGAUCAAAUGUAGAGAGCGGUGAGAAAAAUACAGCCCUGAAAAAGAGAAGAUUAGUGGAAGCUGUUUUUGAAGCAUCUGUUGUCAAAAAACAUGAUAGAUGCAGGCCACUUGCUCAAGUUGUACAGAGUAGCGUCAAAUUUCCUCGCCCUUUUCAGUGCAAUGAUGAUUCUGGAACUGUUGUAGUUGAAGGAGGUAAGGAUCCUUUGCCUGCUAUCUGUCAGGCCAAAAGAAGUGCCACAUACCUGUCUGCUGAUUCUGGUGAUGCACAUAGCCGUGACUUCAUACCUGUUAAGGAAACAAUAUUAACAGAAGCUCAUCGUGAGACGGAAACUUACCUAAAGCAGGAGGAUACUCUUCUCGAAGAGCAAACAUUUCCGGACUUCGUUGAGAAGCAUGAAUCUGAUCCUUCAAUGAGUUUAUGUUCAGAUACUGAGACAGAAGAUGAUGCUGAACUUCUGCAAAGGUAUGCUAAGGUACAAUCCCCUGAAUCAGAUGCAUGUGAUCCUAAUUCCCUCCAGGCUUUUAAUAAGUCAAGGCAUGCAAAUGAUAUUGAUGACGAUGAUGAGAUGAACUUUUCUACUCUUAUUCCUCAACAAAACGUCUUACUAGGUGAGGAUGGUUCUCCUGAGUUAGGUGUUUCCCAGUGGCAUAUGAAAGGUAAACGCAACCGGCGCACUGCAGUGAAGAGACCAAUGGGGAAGGCGGAUGAAAAUCUGUCAUUAGAUAGCUCAAGUAGUUUCAUGAAGGGGCUGCUCAAAAUGACCAAUAAAGGUGACUCUAAAGUUGAGAUUAUUGAUGCGUCAAGCCAUCAACCGUUUGGUCAAAGUUUUCCUGAGAACCAAGAAAGGUUGGAUUGUGAUCGUGAUGAAGCAGAUUUGGUUGACAAGGCCGCGAAUCAUUCAGGCGUUAACAGAUACUAUGGUAAAGAUUAUCCCUUAUCUUCAGAACCUAUCAGAGAUAUUGGACGAAGUUACACUUCUUUCAACGACUGUGAAAUUUCUUGCAAGACCUCUUUGCUAAAUAAAAAUGGCAAUCAGAUAACCUCUAUUGGUCAGAAGGCAUGUGGGGAAGGAUCUUCAUUGUAUCAACAAAAUCAUGGCUCACAUCUUGGUUACAUUGGGCCGGUGUUGUUUAAUGUUGACCUGAAGGUACAGGCUAACUAUCAAGGCGAGCAUGUCCCAUUGGUUUCUUUGAUGAGCAGACUGGAUGGUAAAGCUAUUGUUGGACACCCUAUCCAAGUUGGAAUUCUUGAAGAAGGUUCAAUGGACAGGCUUAUUUUGGGCAGUGAUCCUGUUCUGGAAAAUAGCACAGCAGCACCACCUGCUUGGCCAACAGGCAGAAGGACUGCUAUGCCCAGAGUCCCACGUUUGAAUUCAUCACGAGCAACCUUAGAUGGCAAUGCCACCGAUGAGCAGGGGGUCAAGCAUGCAAAGAAAAGCACCACCAGUGUGCGGAGGCCAUUUUCUCAGAAAUCUCAAAAGAAGCCCUCUGGCUUCAAGAAAGCAAGCUCACCAAGCCAGAAAACCAGACCCGUUUCAUCCAUUUCCAUUGGGAAAAAGCCUCACAGAGAAGGUGGCCAGGCAAAGGCACAUAGGCGCAGCGAUGUUCUGGGUGGUCUAUUGAAAUCAGACGAAGCAAUUCCGCUGGUCACAUGUGUCCCUGCAAAGGUUGUGUUCAGUAGGAUAAUGGAAGCAGUUGGCAGGCCGUCCCAUGCUCUUGCUCACCGUGCUAGAAAGGCCAGUCCUGCGGUACGGGAUCCACCGUAGGUCUUUUGGCUAUGCUGGUAGUACGAAUGGUUGGCAUGGCUUGACCUGGCUCAGGCUUGCAGCUGUUGUAUGUACAUUUCCCAAAGUCCCAAACUGUCGAUACAUCAAAACCGUUGUUGAUCUCUGACUGUCCGUCCGGUGGCUGGUGUGAAGACCGAAAACUGUUUUUGUGUUCAGAUGCCGAAGCCUUGGCUGGGCAAUCUGAUGGAAGGAGCUUUCUUCAACAAAGGGGCAACCAGAGUGGUGGCCAACGUUCGGAACUGGCCACCUCUCUCUUUUGUACUGUGAAGGUGCUGACUUUUGUGUUUGAUCAUGUAUCUACAUAGUUUACAUAUGUUGUUACAUUACAUACAUAGCCAACAGCCCAACAGGUCAAUAGUACUAUGUUAUAUGUAGAAGUUUAUAUCCAGACUUUGGAGUCAUUGCUUCACCUGUACAGAAGCAUAUGUAGGUUAGUGUGUGAUACACAGAAGAGCGGCUUCAAAUGUUGUGAACACAAUCAAAGCUUUCCGGGCAACCUUAUCGACCUCAGUAUGUCAAUAGUUACUAUUACAGAAUCUGCA